AAUAAAUAAAUAAAAUCUUAAAAAAAAAAAAGACUUAAAAAGAAAGUUAUUACAAAGAGAAUAUGUUGUUUUGGUAAUAGGAUUUUUUUUUUAUAUAUAGGGCAAAGAGCCCCAAUACACCAUGUUAUACAUGGCAAAUUUAGCCUUCGCCUGCACCGUUUGCCCUGAGUUGUUAGAGAGCCAUCCUGCCCAAACAGCCUGUAUGAGAACCUCAGAGCUCAACUCAUUGUGAGGCACAUGGGUGGUCUCUGAGGUUCUAGAAUUCCCAGGAGCUGUAGCUUAGCAUUGGGAGCUUCUGCUCAUAGUUUUCCUUCACAGCUCUUGGGUGCCCUACACCAGGGUCUCCUCUUUCCCAAAAUCCAGAUGAAGAAGUUUCUCUUACUAAUGAGUCUUUAUCUGAUUGGAUGUGCCAGAGGAGCAUCAGGUCAGCCUGAUGAGCCUCCUGGCUCUAUGGAUCAUCAAGCUUCAGUUCAGCAAUUUUCAGGUGAGUACUUUUCACUUGGAAACCCUUCAGAUGGUGAGGCUUUAUAUGAGACUUCUGCAGGCGAGAGCACUUUAAGUGAGCAUACUUCAGGUGAGCACACUUCAGCUGAACAUGGUUCAAGUGAACACACUUCAGGUGAACACGCUUCAGGUGAACGUGCUUCAGGUGAGCAUGCUACGGGUGAACAUACUUCAGGUGAACAUAUUGCCAGUGAGCACGCUUCUGGUGAACAACCUUCAGGUGAACAGCCUUCUGGUGAAAAGCCUUCAGAUGAACAGCUUUCUGGCGAACAGUUUUCUGGUGAAAAGACUUCCGGUGAACAGUCUUCUGGUGAAAAGCCUUCAGGUGAACAGGCUUUAGAUGAACAGGCUUCAGCUGAAAAGCCUUCAGGCCCAAUAUUAAAUUGCCACACAUGUUCAUAUAUGAAUGAUCAUGGAAAAUGUCUUCGUGGAGAGGGAGUCUGCUCCACUCAGAAUUCCCAGCAGUGCAUGUUAAAGAAGAUCUUUGAAGGUGGAAAACUCCAAUUCAUGGUUCAGGGGUGUGAGAACAUGUGCCCAUCUAUGAACCUCUUCUCCCAUGGAACCAGGAUGCAAAUUAUAUGCUGUCGGAACCAAUCUUUUUGCAACAAGAUCUAG